AUGGAGAUUAACAUACAGAUCAAGAAUGCGCAGCCCGAAGACUUGCUGCAGGCGUUUGCAGCACUGAGUGGAGACCAAGGGAGACCGCCAUUGAAAAGAAUUCGCAAAGAAGCCCGCAACACGACGGCUGCCACAAGGAGAUCCCCGAGCUUAUUAUUCAGUCAAGAAGAGCUCCAGGCAUUGCAGGCGGCGAACCCACAGGGAACAACGCAAGACUCCACCGCCGAGGAUACCGAGCAGAGUGCAGUUGGCUCUGGUGCAAAGGCAAAGCGAAAAGCUCAGCCAUUCUCGGCGUUCCGCAAGCACGAGGGACGCACUAUGUCCCCUCGGCCCUACUUCCAAAGGAGUGACCAACUUGGAGCAGGAGAAGCUCCGCCUACGCCGAGACCUUCAUCUUCGUCGGGAUUGCCCGCGCUACCACCAGUACCACUACAAACAACGGCAAGUACAAGACCCGCCAGACCCCUGCUGGUGAGAAAGAGAACCAUGGACUCCAGAUCCCCAAGACGCAAUCCCUCACGAAGGAGCCCCAGCGAUUCAAGGACCACCAGACCGCGGGCAGUACUAAGAUCCAGAUCGCACACCCCCAAGACAAGAUCCAGAUCCCGCGCUCCCAGUACAACAUCCAGAUCUCGCGCUCCCAGGACAACAUCCAGAUCUCACUCCCCCAGGACAAUUCGGGAUCAACCAUGGGGUUCUUUUGGAGCAUGA